AUGGCGUCUUCCCUAUCUCCUCAGGCCUCGUUGCCCCCUCCAUCUGCUCUGACAUCUGCUCCUCCGAGCAGACCAAGCAGUGGAUUACAGAUGGCUUACUUGUUACAUCCACCUACUCAACAAGGCCCUACGCUACCUAUGCCGACUUCCUCACCCUAUACUCACUCUUACGACUCAGCAUCCGGAUCUCCGGCGGAUCGCGCAUCUGUUUUGACGGAUGGGAACGGCUCUCUUCCCGAUGCCCCAAGUCUUGCGCCUCAUAUGGGAGGUGCUGCAGGACAACCCCAACAGAAGAGAGCUUAUCGGCAAAGAAGAAAGGAUCCUAGCUGUGACGCUUGUCGGGAACGUAAAGUAAAGUGCGACGCCUCCGAAUCAUCAAGCUGUACAGAGUGUUCGAAUCGAAAGGUUCGAUGUCAGUUCACCAAGGAAACAAACAGGCGCAUGUCUUCUAUAAAACAAGUCCAAGAUCUGGAAAAACAGCUCAGUAGCACUAAACAGCAACUACAGCAACUUCGGUCAGGUGUUUUAAAAGCAGACAAUGUGAUGGAUAUUGAGUUUGAUGUCAGCGGUCAACCAGUGCUAAAACUUCCAGAUGUCGGCGGUCGACCCGUGCGACAGAAUCGACCUCCAGUAUCUCAGGAUUACUCUAGAGUGCGUGCGAAUGUGCGCACCUUUGGAUCUGGCAUUGUCAAAGUACCUCCACCAUAUCGACAGGUGCUCUCGUCUUCCUUUAUUACGGACAACGGACCUGCGCUCCCUUCGAAAGCCCUCGCGGAUCGAUUACUAGCUCAGUAUCAUGCAUAUGUGCACUCGGUUUUGCCAAUUAUCCACUGGCCGAGCUUCACAGCCGAGUAUGAUAAAGUGUAUCAGCAGGGAAACUUGCGUGGAAUUCCUCGAGAGUGGGCGGCUGUUCUCUUUGGUGUUUUCGCAUGCGGUGUGAUGCAUUCUCUAGAAUCAAACAAACGACAUGACGCUCAAGCAUACCUUUUGGUAUCACAAACAAUAGUUGAUAUCUGGUUGGACGAUUUCACUCUUGACCAGGCCCGUGUCUCGCUUCUCGCCAGUAUUGCUCUAUAUGAAAUGAACUCAAGGUCUUCUAGCUGGGUUUGGCUCGGUUCGGCUGUGCGAAUCGCGCAGGAUAUUGGACUUCAUAUCGAAUCCGGUCCAUGGUCAACUGUUGAGCGAGAAAUGAGAAGGCGGCUUUGGUGGGGAAUUUACGCAUGGGAUAGGCUAUUAUCUCUUGAGUUAGGCAAGCCGAUUUCAAUCAAUGAUCAAGACUGUGAUGUCGAUCUACCAUGUCCGGUUGAUGAGCAAUUCAUUGUCGAGGGAGCUCGACUACCAGAAGGCUCGAACACGAACUCUUUGUUAGCUACGAUCCAUGUGGUGCGCUCAAUUGGACAGCUCACCAAGACGUUGAGGUCUCCUGUCGUCAGUCCUGCAACACUCGAGAUAUUUGAUCGUCAUUUUAAUGCUUGUCUGGCGACAUUUCCUAUUCAUUUUCAUCCAAAGUCGGAUAACUUACUUGACCCGAGCUCCUUGGCACCAAUCGUCUAUCUUCAGAAUGCACGUUUCAUUCUACAUCGCCAUAAUAUAUCGCCGUAUUGCCCCCCUGACGUCCGGUUUCCCGCCUUGGCUCAGUGUCUCUUGAUUGCCCAGGACACCGCCCGUGUACUCUCGAGAUGCAUGCAUUCACCACCACCAGCCGCUCCAACCUCGGCCUAUGGAGGAGCGCGUAAUGAUUGGCAAACUUCACUUACCUCUUCCGCGUCGACCAUGCUGUGCACACAUAUCUGGCGCUGCUUGUUGAUUUUAAUUUUCAAAGAAGACUUUCCAGCAGCCUUAAUAUGUGUCCAAGUCUGUAAAGUCAUUGGCGACCAUCAUAUUGCCAUGGUGUCAUGUGGUCGAUACGUUACUUUCUUCCUCAGGAUCCUUUUGGAUCGACUACGACGCAAUGAAACGGCACCAAUUGACCGAGACGAAGAGAUGCUUGCCUAUGUUUCAGGAGACAUGCAGAGCACCGCGACUGGCAGUUGGAUAUGGCAAGGAAGCGAGACAGGGACACAACUUGAAAACGUGCCACCGCAAUCAUCGCCGUACUCAUCAUCGACCCCCGGCGGUGCAGCCAAGGUUUCUAAUGACAUGGAAUGGGAGGGCUGGGACUGGAUUGACGGAACAUUGCAGUACCUGGCCAGCGAACUACGUCAGCGCGGCUAUGACCGACGAGAUAUCCCGCAAGUCAGGGUUCCGGCUCCUGCUUUUCAUAAGAUCGAAGAGUCACCAGGCAGCACUCCUCGAUCGAGUGCGCCUAAUUCGCGCAUGACUAUCGCGAACAUUAUUUAG